AUGGGGUCUAAUUAUCCUACCAUCUUAGUUACCAUAUUAGCCAUUGGUAUGUCGUUUCUGAGGAAAUAUAAACCUUUCCAAAUAUGGAUUUCUAAGCAAAUUGAGACAUCUCUGACGAAGAACUUAUCGCCCUAUCGUAAAUAUAAGAUUACUACUCCAGGGCUGCAUAUUAUUAAGAAUACUAGUGAUCUAAGGGGAAUUGGAGCCACAUUGUUUGAUAUUUCAGAGGCUUUGACGCAAUUACAAGAGUAUAAAGUACGAGGUAGGAGGUCCAACGAUGUGAUGUAUCAAAGGACGUUGGAAUUGACAGAGGAGCAAACAAGACAAUUGGAUGGAAUCAAUUAUUACCAGAAAAUAAAAUCUGUAAAUACAGCCAUUGAUGGGAACUAUGAAGUGAUAGAGAAAAUUGUUGAGCAGACGUUGAAGCAAUUGGUACUUCUUAAUAGCGAAAAUGAUGAUACAUCCAAUGAGGAAGUUUUGAAGACUCUAUGUGGAGAGUUUGGAUAUAUGUUAGAUGUUCAAAAACGAGAUGUGACUUGGGUUGGGACUAAGAAUGUAAUACUGAAUGGUUCUUCGAAUCAAGGUAGAGUCAGUGAAGCUGUAAGUCAUCUUUGUAGAGAUUGGAGUCAAGCAUUUGAAUGUGAACGAAAACCACUUACACAAUACAUGAAGAAUCAACUUCGAUAUGAUACAUUAUCGAAGAAUACUUUGGUCCUGGUUCCUGGGGCUGGCGUGGGUCAUUUACCAUAUUUUAUUGCUAACGAGUUCCCUACAUUUGAUGUGGAUUCCAUUGAGUUAUCUACAUUAAUGUAUAUCUGCAACGAGUUUGCCCUACAUAGUUCUAAAGAUGUGAAAAUAAGGCCCUUCAAUCUGUCAUAUUCGGGGCAAGUCGACACAGAGAAACAAUGUCGCUCAAUUGAACUGAAGUUGAGUACUAUUAAGCAGCCAAAAAACCUUCGUGUCUUACUCGAAGAUUUCCGUAAGUAUUCACCUAGUAAGGUUCGUUAUGAGAAUAUUGUGGUUUGUUCAGAGUAUUUCAUUGAUACUGCAGAGAAUAUGUUUGAAUAUUUUGAAGCUAUAGAACAUUUGAAGAAAUAUUGUGAUCAUCUACAUUGGAUCAAUGUGGGACCAUUAAAGUAUGGAACCAGACCACUAGUGCAAUUCACUGUGGAAGAAUUGACAAAGUUGAGAGAGUUGAGAGGUUGGAAGGACGUACACCAUUGCUAUGAGACUAGUCAGAAACAGUUAAAUGGUUAUUUAACAGAUUAUGAGUCUUUGUAUCAAGGAUAUUACGGUUUAGUAAAAUUCCAUUCACGUUUCCAAGAAGACAAGUAA